AUGCAUUUCACCAAGACUAUCGUCUCCCUGCUUGCUGUUGCCGGCUUCGCUGCUGCUCAGGCUGAUGACCUUGACCGCCGUGAUCUCGCCGCUGCGCGAGAGCAGUACCUUGCCGCUCGCGACGAGUACAUUGAGGCGCGUGACCUUUACCGCCGCAAGGAGAAGCCUACUCAUGAGGGCUAUUGCAACAAGGCCGAUCACAAUUCCAAAACCCUAUGGUGCUUGAGCAGAAGAACCGGCACGGUUUGUGGCCAAUGCAAGCCCAACGCUCGGGCAUUGGACAAGUGCCUGUGCCCUGGCUAA